AUCCUCUCUUCGCCUGCAACUGCCGCAUUCACCUUGGGUUAUAUGUAUAGUCUGGGACAUGUCAACCUCCACAGAUGUAGCUUAUGCUCGGCCUGCCAUCCGCACGUCCGUUAUCGAGCAUGCACCAUACGACGUCCUAACCGAGAUAUUAACCUUACUGCCUGCCACCGACAUUGUCCGUCUUCUGAGCACAUCACGUACGCUCCGCUCGUACCUCCAGGAGGAGCCGAUAUGGAGAGCUCUGUCGCGCACGUACGGCGUGACAGACGUCACGAAUUAUGGGGGACGGUCGUUCUACACCGUCUACACUAGGUUACUCCACAAAUAUGGACCUCUGCUCGGCCUAUGGGCCGGGGAGCACGCGUUCUCGGGCCACAUCGUAGAGUUCCGUCUUGACGAGGGCAACGCACAUCGCCAAGCAUGUAUCAUUGGCGAGUUCUGGAGGUUCCGGAAGCCUCAGAUGUUCCACAUGAAUAUCGACCAACCUCCGGAAUUACCGCGCUACAUACCCGCCAUCAGGAUAGGCUUCGCAGCGACGUUCAGCGACGACGACGAACCUACAAACGACGUCGCGCAGAUUACUUGCUGUGCACCAGCGAAUGGUAAUCAAAUGAACACGCACCGUGCUCACGUCCAUCAUGUGGAGCAGAGUACGAACAGUAUUUACCUGGGGGGAGACAACUUCAUGGCCUCGCUCCAGCACCCCGACUUCCCUCAGUCUACCGAGGCUUCCUGGCUGGACACGCGCCGCCCCUCGAUACCCCUCCCUACCGUGACCACAUCCACAUCAAUCCGCCGGCCUGUUGGCGCCCGAAUAAACCCGUUCUUCGGACUCGUGGCAUGGCAGUUCGUCAUGUCCAUCCACCUCGAAACCACGGACGUCACAAAGCCCAGAUCGAUUACGCUUUCAUGCGAACUCGACUGCGUAGAGCUGGAGUUCCCGACGCUGUCGAUGCGUGUCGACAACUCUGUAAUUCCACGAUAUUACCCGCUCCGCAGCGAAAUUCGACAAGGUGUCGACGGCUGCUCCGAUGACUGGAGUCCUGCGUCGCUUGUGGGACUCUGGCUGGGUUGGUACGGCCCACAUGGGACGGAAUGCCUCUUUGUUGAGUGGGACGAGGGUUCGCAGACCCUCACUGGCCUCAAGAUCACCGGAGACGAAAACGUACCGCGUGGAGUGCCAAGCUGGGAGGUCACGAUCUCUGAGCCUUGCCAGCUCACGACGGAGGAGGACCUGGUUUGCGCACAGAUCCUGGGCGCCGACCGGUCCGCGGUGUGCAGGAAGUAUCGCGGGACUGGCACGACAAGCGGGACUGGUUUUCUGUGAGAUGCAGUCUCCAUUGGACCGCUAGAUAACGCUGAUGACAGUCUUUGUUCAGACCUAGCCAACACGGUCAUCACCCUGUGCUUCUUGCGAUCACCGGCGUAAACGAGUUAGGGAUAAUCUGGCUCGAUGGAGGGUUCAUGCUUCGGAACAUGCGCUACAAAGGCCGGAGAUGAUGUUUGAUGGCGGAUGAGAGUGGUCGCGAAGUUGAAUGGAUUACGGUACGUCUACUACUGUUCAGAAAACUAUCACGCUCAGUAGCGCAGUUCAUCUAGGGUUUCACAUCUGACCAAUGUA